AUAAAAAAAAGUUAUGGUGGUAAUCAAUGUCAUUUUGUUUCGUUAAAUGAAACAAUUGAAUGGUGACAAUAUUUACACACUGACAAACUGGACAAAUUGAAUCCAUUAUUAUUUGAGUCGGAUGAAGUGUUGUGAGUGUCGUGUAUACAUUCAUUCACAAUUCAAAAAUAACUCGUGAAAAUAAAGUCGUGAUAGCAGCAAUUGUGUGUGUGUGCCACUAUUAGACCGAAAUCGGGCGAAUGUGGGAUCAAAAAAUAAAUAAAUAAAUAAACGAACGAAAGACAUGAAAACGUUUCCAUUUUCUAUUGAUGAUCCAACAAUAAUUAAUCAAUUAAAAAUUGUUUGUUUAGAAUGUGUGGGGAUUCUAUUAUUGUUUGAGUGUGUGAAAGUACGUGCAAAGGGAUAAACAUAAAUAUUGAAUAAAUAAAAGCGAAGGGUUUUCAAUCAACAUAAGCUCAACCCACUCAAUUAUAUAUGUAACAAAAGAAUUACGCACAAAUGCGAAACGAACGGAAUACAAUAACGGAAUAAUCAAACAUCAAUGAAAAUAUUGAAACGAAUUGAAUUGGAUCGCAUUGAACACGAAAAUAUAAAUUAUAACUAUCAUGACGAAAAAUACAGCCAAUACAACGAUUACAAAACUUCUUUUGCUCAACGUUCGAGAUUUGCUACGGCAACAAACAUGUGGCGAUGCCCAUUCUCAGCAUUCUCCACGAAGUUGGAUUGAAGCAAACUUUCAGAAGAGAGAUUGCGUUAAAUUCGUACCUAGCCCAAAAGAUGAUACAAAAUGUUGCUGUGGUCAAGCACGUCAGACACAUCCUACGAUACCUGGAAUUGAGCCCGGUUCACCAGGAGAUGUAUGGCUACCAAAUAAACACACGAGACCGCAUCCGACCGAUGCAUAUGGAACAAUUGAAUUUCAAGGUGGAGCACAUCCGACCAAAGCACAGUAUGUUCGUUUAUCGUAUGAAACUCGACCCGAAUUGUUAGUACAACUUUUUACACGAGAAUGGAAUUUGGAGCUGCCGAAACUUCUUAUCACCGUGCAAGGCGGCAAAGCAAAUUUCGAACUUCAGCCAAAACUCAAAAAGGAAAUACGACGAGGAUUAUUGAAAGCGGCAAAAACAACGGGCGCAUGGGUGUUUACAGGUGGCACAAACACAGGCGUAACAAAACAAGUUGGUGAUGCACUGUUAUUAGAAGGACAACAACGAACUGGUCGAGUCGUAUCGAUCGGUAUAGCACCAUGGGGAAUUGUUGAACGAAAUCACGAACUGUUAGGUCAUAAUCGAGAUGUCCCAUGCCAUAGCAUAAGCUCACCAAGAUCAAAAUUGGCUGUAUUGAACAAUCGGCACGCAUAUUUUUUACUCGUGGAUAAUGGAACGCAGGGAAAAUAUGGUGCAGAACUUAUUUUACGAAGAAAAUUAGAGAAAUUCAUAUCAGGCUUAAAAUUGCAUCCAUUUACACACUCGAGUACGCCGGUGGUGUGUUUAGUCAUCGAAGGUGGCACGAAUACAAUUAGAGCGGUUUUGGAAUAUGUCACCGAUACACCACCUGUACCAGUGGUUGUAUGUGAUGGUUCCGGACGUGCUGCUGAUCUCAUUGCGUUUGUUCACAAAUAUGCAUCAGAUGGUGAAGAACAAACGGUGCUCGAAUCGAUGCGAGACUAUCUGCUGAGUACCAUUCAGAAAACGUUUGAAGUUGGCAUUGACCAAGCUGAAUGCUUAUAUCAAGAGUUACUUCAAUGCACGCGCAACAAAAACUUGAUCACUGUGUACCGAAUCCAAGAGAAACCCGAAGGUGAAUCACAAGAACUUGACCAAACUAUCCUGACGGCACUGUUCAAAUCACAACAUCUUUCGCCGCCAGAGCAAUUGAGUUUGGCAUUGACAUGGAAUCGUGUCGAUAUCGCACAAAGCGAAAUAUUUGUGUACGGUCAGGAAUGGCCACACGGUGCACUUGAUGACGCAAUGAUGCAAGCACUUGAACAUGAUCGCAUUGAUUUUGUGAAAUUACUACUGGAGAACGGAGUAUCGAUGAAAAAAUUCUUAACCAUACCGCGACUGGAAGAGCUCUACAACACAAAACAUGGACCAGCAAACACAUUAGGAUACAUUUUGAGAGACGUUCGACCGCACAUACCCAAAGGAUAUGUUUACACAUUACACGAUAUCGGUUUAGUCAUUAAUAAAUUAAUGGGCGGAGCAUAUCGAUCGUACUAUACACGACGAAAAUUUCGUCCGAUUUAUGCCAAAGUCAUGAACAGCUAUGUAAACACGCAUCGAAAGUCUUCAACAUUUCAACGUCAUCCGGGUGCUAAUUCAAUGAGCCUUGUUACCGGCCUACUUCCAUUUACUUCCGAAAUGGCACUUUUUGAGUUUCCAUUUAAUGAAUUGCUUAUUUGGGCUGUGUUAACGAAGCGUCAAGAAAUGUCGGUGUUAAUGUGGGCACAUGGUGAAGAAUCGCUGGCCAAAUCAUUGGUUGCAUGUAAAUUGUAUAAAGCGAUGGCACACGAAGCGGCCGAAGAUGAUUUGGACACCGAAAUUUAUGAUGAGCUUAAAAGCUAUGCAAAAGAUUUCGAAGUUCGAGGCGUCAAAUUGUUAGACUAUUGCUAUCGUUGUGAUGCGGAACGAGCUCAACGUUUGCUCACCUGCGAAUUACACUCAUGGUCAAAUCAAAGUUGUUUAUCAUUGGCAGUAACAGCAAACCAUCGUGCACUACUCGCACAUCCGUGCAGUCAAGUGAUAUUGGCAGACUUGUGGAUGGGUGGCUUGCGAACACGAAAGAAUACAAAUCUCAAGGUGAUUUUGGGUUUACUUUGUCCACCGUUUAUAAAGCGACUAGACUUUAAGUCAAAAGAAGAGCUUCAACAAAUGCCACAAACCGAAGAAGAACAUUUAGAAAACCAGAAUCUAGAUUACGAAGAUCAGGAAAAACAACAUCCGGAUGCUGAGGCUCUUUUGGCUGAUACGUACGCGAUGAAAGCCACCAAAGUUCAAGAAAAUGGAAAAGUGUCACUGACUGAUGCAGACACGUGUCAAAAAGAGUUUACACAACUAUCACAUGACUUUGAAAUUCGACAUCAUCAACCAUUACGACUUAAGAAGAAAAUUUAUGAGUUUUAUACUGCACCCAUAACUAAGUUUUGGGCUGAUUCGAUUGCCUACAUGAUGUUUUUAAUGUUAUUUUCGUACACGGUACUGGUACGAAUGGGACCGAAACCGACAUGGCAAGAAGCCUAUUCAAUAGCAUAUAUCACCACGCUUGGCUGUGAAAAAGUUCGUGAGGUCAUCUCAUCAGAACCAGUGGCAAUAACGCAAAAGUUUCAAGUAUGGGCAUGGAAUAUGUGGAAUCCCUGUGAUGCAUUGGCAAUAAUAUUCUUUUUAAUUGGUUUAACGUUACGUUUUCAACCCGCAUACAUGGAUGUGGGGCGUGUUAUUUAUUGUGUUGAUAGCAUAUAUUGGUACUUACGCAUAUUGAACAUAUUAGGCGUUAAUAAAUACUUAGGUCCGCUAGUCACGAUGAUGGGAAAAAUGGUGAAAAAUAUGAUAUACUUUGUGGUACUUUUGCUUGUGGUAUUGCUGAGUUUUGGCGUUAGCAGACAAUCGAUCUUAUUUCCAAACGAAGAAGCCAGCUGGCGACUCAUUCGUGAUGUAUAUUUUCAACCAUAUUUUAUGUUAUACGGUGAAGUAUUUGCGGGCGAAAUUGAUCCACCAUGUGGCAUUGAAGGCCAUCCACCUUGUAUCACAGGUCACUGGGUAACGCCAAUCACAAUGUCCAUGUAUUUAUUGAUUGCAAAUAUUUUGCUGAUAAAUUUACUAAUUGCGGUAUUCAACAACAUAUUUAUCGAAGUUAAUGCCGUUUCACACCAGGUUUGGAUGUUCCAACGAUUCACAGUCGUUAUGGAAUAUCAACAAAAACCCGUCUUGCCACCACCGUUCAUUGCCUUUUCCCAUUUUUACUCGUUGAUGCGGUAUUUGAUACGGAAAGCAAGAGGUAGAGAAUGGUUGGAUAUUCCACGUGAUAAUGGCCUCAAGCUGUUUUUGGAGAAAGAGGACAUGGAACGACUGUACGACUUCGAGGAAGAAUGUGUCGAAGGUUAUUUUCGUGAAACCGACAUUGCAAUGCAACAAUCCACCGAUGAACGUAUCAAAUCGACCAACGAGCGCGUUGAAAAUAUGUCACAAAAAGUUGAAGAUAUUAACCAAAAAGAAAACCUUCAAUCGGCCACAGUUCAAAAUAUGGAUUUUCGCUUGAGGAAAAUGGAAGAAUCCACCGACCAGAUUUUAUCGACACUGGCUGUUAUUCAUCGCUUUAUGUCGGCGCACACAACAUUGCAGGAUAGUAUGCAAGGAUCGGCUGUUAAUGUUCACGACAACAUUCCAAUGCGAUUGAGAACGGUGUCGGAAACGGAAAACCCAACUCACUUGACUAUUGCCAAUCAAAAUAGGAAACGCUUCAAUCGGUCACUGACGGAAGUAAGACCGGAUGCAUAUAUUUUUGAUGAUGGCCUACAUUUUGAAGUGCGAACUGUUGAAGAGGAAGACGAAGUGGUCCAAUCACAUGAAACAUUGAACGAACAACAUCAACAAAAGCCACCUUCAUUACGAAAAGCAAGCAUUAUAUCAGAAGAUUCGGAUAUUUUCAACGAUAAAAUAUUCGGCACUGCGGGCAGUAGUGGUGGCGGUGGUGGUAUUGUUGCUCCCAAAACAGUAAUAGCUGCUGCAGCGGCGGCAGCGGCAGCAGCAGCAGCAGCGGCUGCAACGUCUGUUAAUAUCAUUGAAACAAAACCACCGUAUCUAAACAUACAAACGCGACAAGAAACAACAAGCACCGAGAGUAAAGACACAAUAACACCGAUUGAGGGUGCCGAAGUGCCAGUCACUGGUGAAGAUGAAGAUGAAAAUGCGUCCACCGAAAAUAUCAUGGAAUUGAAUUUCGAAACCGCACGACAAAAGGCAAUGCGAAGGCGAUCAAUGGGCAUGGGACGACGGUUAUCAUCCGAUUGUUGCUCAAAUUACGAUUUGAAUCGCUCACAAAGCAGUUUAAACGCAACAUUGGCAAUGUCACGACGUCAACUCAGUCUUACGCAAUCAGAACCAGACAGUGGAAAUGAAUUGACAGGUGCUCCCGUCAAGUCAGCUGUCAUACCAAUUAAAUCAAACCGCCAGUUGCUACUCCAGUUUCACUCAGAAUACACAUCCAUCACUGAUGAGCUUGAAAAUGUGUGUCAAAUGAUCACGUCACCAACAUUAUCGCUAAAUCGUGAAAAUGAAAAAUCAUGUUCAAAUGCCGAAUUUGCCGCACUUUUGGAAAAAAAACAUUUGCAUGAAUGCGAAGAAAGUGAUUAUCUCAUGCUUUCAAAGCUGUUCCAAAAUCGAGACUCAAUUAACGAUAGCGACGAUGCUUUCGGAGAUGAUAAUUCAUCUGGUGAUGUUCCUCAGCGUCGUAUGUUGCGUCGCGAAACAGCUGUAGAACUACCAAUAACACCAUCAAAAUCAUUAAAUGCGUCUGGAACGUCGGCUGAAGUAGAUGGUAACGGAAUUCGAAGUAUAAAUGAGCGACCCGAUCGAGCAUCACCAAUUUUGAAUCGUAAUCUAUCAGGCGAUCGUAGCUAUGGUCGAAUGUCAUCAACCGGUCAAACAUACUUGAUACCAUCAACGUCGGAUCCGAGUCAACCUCGUUUCCGAAAAUCCAUUGAAAGUUUACCAAAGAAUUCAAGCAGCGAUACCGAAUACUCAUUGCACCCGUAUCGCGUGAUAAAACAAAGUUCAAAUGAAACAAAUACAUCGUUAACCGGUUCAUUUAAUAUUGAUCAAUCGUUUGGUGGCCAUGAAUUAUCACUUGAUACAAACGAAACAAGUGCACAUUAUACAACGGUUAUUGAGAAUGUUGUUGAUCAUGGUUCCGGUUCGGAUACAGCAUCGUUAAAUAAAUCGUAUAGUAUGCCACCGAUUGAACCAUUAUCAUUGCAACAAACAACACCAAAAGUGUUGCGUCAACAAAGUGAAGGCGGCAGUGGACGUUCACUUCGUAAACAAUUUAGCAUUGAUCAUUCAUUAUCUACAUCAAAAUUGGAUGGUCCAACACCAUUGUCCACAACAAAAACCAAUUUAAAACUUCCAACGAUUAGUACAAUACCAGCGACACCAACAAAAACACUGUCAACCGUUGUCAGCAAUUCAACAAGCACUGAUGAGUCAAAAGAUGACCGAGACAUUCCAACCAUCAGUACAAAUGUUGUUCAAGACGAAAUCGCCAAAUUAUCAUCAAACAUUAAUCGAAGCUCAGAAGAUAAUAGCACAGAUCCACCACUAAAUGAAACUAUGUGCUGAAAAUAUUUUACCAUAACAUUCACAACAAUGGAAUUGAAUACGUCACAUACACACAUUUGCUAUUUCCAUUAUACACAUGUAUAAAUAUGUAAUCAAAUAGAUUAUGGACAAAUCGAUAAACAUUUGAAAUCAGAGGGAAGUUCAAAAAAUACCAUAAUAAUCGCUCGACAAACACUCUCUCUCUCUCUCUCUCACACACACACACACAUCCAAAGGUCGAAUAGUUUUUAUUUUGCCGCAUUUUUUCACACUCAGAUGUCUACCUACAAUAUAAUGCACAUAUGCAUACACCUCACAGCUUACUCAAUCUAUCUCCAUAUAUCUAUAGGCUCAAUUUAUAGGCAUUUUAAAAUACCUCGCAAAAAGCACACACACACACAGUGACAUUUUUUGUAUUGAUUUCUAUCGAUUACGACUCCCUGUUAUCAUACAAAUUGACAGCUAAAAAUAUACACGCAUGUAAAAUUACAAUAUAGUUAUAUAUAUAUAUAUUUACGAACAGUUACGCAUGUUUGGUCGUUAAAUUGUUGCAGCGACGUUUUAAAAUUCAAAGCGAGAGUGAGAGAUAAUGAAUUGGUAAAAGAAAAUGGGAUAAAUUCAGAUCAAACUACAAAAUAUCUACAUCGAAUAUUCAUGUAGUAUUGCAUGAAAAUUAAAACAAACAACAACAAAAAUAAAAGAAGAAUAUUACUGACCUCAUUUUAACUUAUAGGCAUAAUUUUUAGUGUGUGUUGUGGCAUCCACAAGCAGAAAGAAAGAUUUCAAUAGAUGAUGUAUUUUGUAUUAUGUAUAUGCUCUUUUUCCACUGCACAGAUAAGUGCAGACUGGAUUCGUAUUGUGAAUAAGAAACAUAUGAUUGUUUUUAUUUGACUAUUCUAUUUGUUUUAAAUUGUUUUUGUUUUUUUGCUCUUUUUCUUCAUGUCAAUUAACAAAUUAGUACUUAGUUCUUUAGUUAAAUUUGUACUUAUAUAUUUCUUCCGAUUCAAAUUUUCAACAAAAAAAACAUUUUGAGGCCAAAUAAUAUAAACUAUUUUAAAAAAAUCUGAAAUUUUUUAGUUGUUGUUUUUGUUAUUAUUGUUAAUUUUUUUUUACUUUGGUUUCGUUGGACCACAAUUUACGCAGACGCAUAAAUUAUAAUACAAAUAUUGUUUUUGGAUAUUUUUUUUACAAAGCAAAAUAACGUUCAUUAGUGACCACAAUGAGCUGAUAUUUUAAUUAGGUCGCUUUUGUACUUUGAGUGUUUUGUUCCAUACAUUCAUUAUUAUUAUUAGUUGGAACCUUAAUAGUUCUCUUUUUUCUCAUUCUUGCAUUUUUUCGUCCUCACAAUAAUUAAUAGGGUGUAUCGGUUUUAAAAAAUAUAUUAUACAUUCUGGGAACCUACGUUGCAUACGAAGAACUUUUGUGCUAAGUUUCUAUUCUGCGAGUUCUCGGCGUUAAACAACAACAAAAAUUCAUAUUCAUUGUUUAAAACGUUCACCACAGCGGGUUCAACGAUCGUCGUUCUUUAUGUAAAAUCACAUAUCAAUUUUUUUUCUUCAAAAAAACGACGCGAACUCUUUAUACCAUAUAUUCACGACGUUAACAAUAUUGUUCUUAUAAAAUUGAAAGUGUGAUAUAUUUCACUACGGAACCGCAUUUCGAUGCACCUUAUUAAUUAACCCACUACGGUGAACUAUAAUAUAGAAAGACACACAUCGUGUGCUGCCCGAGUGUUAUAAACGAAAUAAUGGUGGAAAACGGUUUCAAUUGAUAUGACGUAGAUUUUGAAAGAAAGGACGAAUUAAGCAUCACUUGAACGCAAUCGAAUUACUAUGCACACUUUAUGUAAUUAUUUGUUGUUGAUUUUUCUUUUGUUGCAAUCGCAUUGAAUUUCAUUCAAUUUCUCUGUCACACAUGUUAAUGUGUAUGGAAACAAUUUACAGUAAUUUCAUGAUAUUUUUAGUUCCCAUGUUAAUUUCCAUGUGAGAUGACAAUCUGCUAAAAUGUUCAUGUAAUGAAAUCGAGGUAGUUAAAUUCAUAAGAGAAUAUGCCAUGACUGGUGAACGAACAUGCAUGUAAACUAUAUAUAUUAGCUGGUGCAAUUUACGAGUCAAUUGUAUUUGCAUUCAUACAGCUAUGAUUAUGUCAUUUAUUCGAAAUUGAUUCUAAACAAUUUAGAUGAAAAUUGAAUUUGGUGUACAAAUUCCCAAAGGCUUGCUAUCGUCGCCAGCUUAUACAUCCUAUGUACGUUUAAUCCUCCACUUGUUCAUUUCCGUUUGGGAAUAAGAGGUUUGAUGCGAUUCAAAGAUGGAAUCCCUCCGUCGCCACCCCUCCCAUCUGAAUUUAAACGGAUAAAAAACUGACACACACACAUGCAAACACCGAAUGAUUGGUUUCUUGUUUUCAGGCAACGUUGUAAAUUGAUGAUGACUCUUUUUAAUAGGAAAAAUCACAAAUGCGUUCGCUUUAUUUUAUCUCUAAGCCAAAGCAGAAUGGUUUAAUGUGUCACAGCCCAAUUUUAUAUUUAAAUUAUGAAGCAAUAAAAUUAAGAAAUGACAAAUAAUUAAUUUGAGUAAGAUGACACAAGUCAACAUAACCACAAAAAAAUAAAAUAAAAUGAAAAUAAAAAGGAAUAAAACAGUUUCAAUCGGUCUAAGAAAUGAGAUAAUUAAUUACAAAUAUUAAUAAUUAAAACAAAUAUAGAAUAUAUUUUAAAGAUUAUAUAUGAAAGAGAAAUGAAUUAAAGAUAUAUAUAAAAUUGAGUUAUGUUUUAUUUUAAUAUGCGACAAUAUUAUCUAAGUAUAUGCAUAUAUAUAUUCGGGCUGAAUGUUGAAGUUAAAAUCGAACUAAAAUUUCCAAAGAUAUAUUACAAACAAAAUAGACGACAAAUAUUUAUUUAUACAAAUAAAACAGAGAAACGAACAGAAAAUUGAGGAAAAUUUAAUCACAAAUAAUAUUGAAUAUGUUAUGAUAAAUGAUGAUGUGUAUAUUUCCAGUUUCCGAACCAUAGAAUACGUCUAUUAAUUCCUCGGUUACACUUUGUUCACAAACAAAACUGGUUACAAAUGGACAUUCUGUUCUAUUGCCGUAGUUUUUAUUACUAGAACUUAAGAAAUGAGUAUAUCAUCAUUGAUUUAAAUGAUAUGUGAAGACCGAUGAAAAUAAAGGAACAUUUAACAAAUGUUUUAUGGACACAACUCAACAAGGAAUAAAAAGAGACAGAAAUAUAUAUUUGGAAUAAAAAAACGGUGCUCAAUAUAUUUUCAAAAAAAAAAAAAAAAAAAAUUCUCAAUAUAUAUAUAUAUGUAAUAUUACAAAAAUUUGCUAUAUUUAGAUGAUGUUUGUUCUUUCUGACAUACUUAAAUAUUAUAUUUUGGACACGAGAGACGUUAAAGGAGAAGGCAAUUGCAUGUAUUAUCAGAAGUGAAUUUUUUUUACAAUUUGCAAUAAAAAAAAAUUUAUUCGGUAUUUUAUUUCGGCCUUUUUUCAAGAAGAAAUAUGCACAUUCAUAUUCAAAUAAUUUGAUAACAUUUUAAGUAUAAAUUUCAUAACAUUUUUUUUUUUUCAAAUAAUGAUAGAAAGAAUAGAAAAAAGCGGGAAAAUAUUCCUUUAUAGUUCUUAUGACAAGAGUGCCGUGAAAAGGUUCCUUGGUAGGUUGAGUUUGUAUAGAAAAAAAAAAUCUCUAUAUGUUAGUGUUUAAAAGAAAAACCUCUGCUCAUUCAAUAUCAAAGCAUAAAUCACUUACUGCGAAUCGUGUGUCUCUAUGUGGCAAACAAAAGAAAUAGCAUUCUCCCAUCUCACACUACUCGUUGAUUUUUUUAUUUUCAGCACAUUUCGAUGAAAAUCACGGAAAACAUUUUGGUUUUACGCAAACUCGCAAAAAUCGAACGAAAUUUAUCGAAAUCAAAAAAAAAAAAAAAAAACUCACAGAAAAAUGGAAAAUAUUUGUUGCUAAAUGACUCAUACAUUAUAAAGUUGAGAUACUUAUUAUUCAAUGUUCUCACUUAAAUCGAAUCACUUAAAAUGUACAAUUUCAUCAGAAUUUUCGUACGUCUCAAUUCAAUUCAAACUAUUUAUGCAAAAAGAUAUUUAUAUCUCGAUAUUGAUAUAAAUCACGCGAUGAGUUUUCUAUUUCGAUUCUCACUGCAUACGCGACGAAAUACUCAUAGUGUGUAUGAUUAAAAUUUGAAUGAACGAUUCCAAUCACUGUAAAUAUCUCAAAUUUUUGAACAUUUAAAAUUGAAAUCCCAUGUCAUGACGUUCACCCAUUAUACUUCUGUUCAAGAACGAUUUCAAUUUCGAGUUCAAGACAGCCAUUAAUUCAAUAUAUCUUACCGAAAUUGAACCAAAGAAACACCAUAUCUUUUAUUAUAUGAGAAUUCGAAUGUAAUCCAAAAUCCAUAACUUUGAGAAUAAAUUUUGCUUAAAAUCCAAUAAA